CACUACAUCCAAAGCGGCUGGUACAUAAUGUGUAGCUACAUAUCGGUAAAUGUACGCUUCAAAAAACCAGGGAAAUUUAUCUUCUAUUCCGCGGCGGCGUAAAUCGCCUAUGUAUUACAGUCUUUUACGAAAAUUAUACAAGUUUGACCAUGUCGCUCAGCGGAAAAGUAGUCCUUGUUACGGGCGCAUCGCGGGGGAUCGGGAAAGGUAUCGCUCUGCAACUGGGACAAGCUGGUGCUGUUGUUUACAUUACAGGAAGAACCAUGAAGGCAUCAAAUGCAGCAGCCGGCCCGGGAUGUCUCCAGCACACCGCCGACGAAGUGCAGCGUCGUGGAGGCCAGUGCAUUCCGCUCUUGUGUGACCAUAACCGGGAUGAGGAAAUUGAUGCGGUCUUUCAGCAGAUUAUCAAGGAGCAGGGACACCUGGACAUUCUGGUGAACAAUGCGUAUUCCGGCGUGCCAGCACUGCUGGAGAACUACGGAAAACCGUUCUGGGAGAUAACGGAAGACGUGUGGGAUGCCGUUAACGGGGUGGGCCUACGGAACCAUUACAUUUGCGCUGUUAAAGCCGCUCGCAUCAUGACGCAGCAAAAAUCCGGAUUGAUCAUCAACGUGUCGUCAUCAGGGGCGGGUUAUUUUUUCACACCGGUCUACGGAAUCGGAAAAGCAGCAUGUGAUAGGAUGGCAGCCGACUGUGCCAUUGAGCUAAGACCACACAAUGUGACCUUUAUUAGCCUCUGGCCAGGCGCCGUGAAAACGGAGAUGAUCAGCGAGAAUCUCAGUGGCAAGGGCAAGAUUGCCCAAAAUCACAAUAUGGCGGCGAUUGGCUUUGGAGAAUCAACGGAAUUCCCAGGGAUGUGUAUCGUGGCAUUAGCGAAAGAUCCCAACAUCUUACAGCGUACUGGCAAAGUGAUUUCCACCUCCGCCAUUGCACGAGAAUUCAAGCUGAAAGAUAAUCCGGUGUAAAGUUCACGCCGACAGACGAGCAUUAAAUACUUGAAACCGGCAUGUUCCUGUUGCAAUAAAUUCAGUUCGAAGGCCCCGAUUCCGGCAAAAACUUAUUGUAACUGCCGUAUCUCGCGCGUGCGUGAUUCGUAGAUGCCUGAAAAAUUCAUAUCCAUAUGAUGUGUAAUCUGUGUAUUUUCUGCAAGCAUUUUGCUAAUGCAAAAAUCCGCACCACCAGAAAUAUUCUGCUAGAUGAAUGUCAUUAGCAGGCUGCAAA